UGUCCUCUGUAGUUGACGUAAACACACCUUUUAUUGCAGGUAACAUGAGUUCUUCUGCGUUUUUUUCCAAGACUUUGACCGUGAAGCGCCUACAGGAGACUGGCAGAAACAAACAGAAUUGCAGGAUGCUUCAUGUGAAGGUCAGUCAGUCCCUGAACUCUGGUACCUUCACUGUCCUGGUAUUCCACACUGUUGUCCUGAUUCACUCAUGUAGAGCUCAGUCUAAGGUGAUUGGUCCAUCUUCGCCAACAGUGGCAAUGGUCGGUGAGGACAUCACUUUGCCGUGUUACCUGGACCCUGUUAUGGAUGCUUUUGAUAUGCCUCUUGUGUGGGAAAGACCUGACCUGGACCCCAGAUAUGUCCUCGUGUGGAGACAGGGUGUGGAGCUAGAGAGUAAAAAACAUGGAUCCUACAAGGGAAGAACGUCACUGUUUAGUGAUGAACUGAAGAACGGGAACAUUUCACUGAAACUCUCUAAAGUUAAACUCUCUGAUGAGGGAAGAUACAGAUGCUUCGUCCCAGAACUGAGAACAGACUCUACUGUUCAGCUUGUUGUAGGUGCCGUCUCCUCACCUGGUAUCCAAAAGUCCAAAAACAGCAGCAGUGUGGUGUUUCAGUGUGAGUCUGCAGGCUGGUAUCCAGAGCCUGAGGUGUUUUGGCUGGACGGUGAGGGAAACCUCCUCUCUGCUGGACCUACAGAGACAGUCAGAGGUCCUGAUGACCUCUAUACUGUCAGCAGCAGAGUGACUGUGGAGAAGAGGCACAACAACAGCUUCACCUGUAGAGUCCAACAGAAGGACAUCAACCAGACCAGAGAGACUCGCAUCCAGGUUCCAGAUGAUUUCUUCCCAGGCUGGUCUGAUUCUAGCUCCAGUUCAUCUGCUCCUACAAUCAUGGGUUUGGUUGUUGGCAUCAUGUUGAUUCUUGCAGUGGUCUUUGUUGUCGUGUGGUUAUGGAGACAAAAUAAAAUCAGAAACAAGAAGCACCACGAGGAUGAACAAAAACAGAAAGGGAGAGAGAUGAAUAGCAACUCUAUAGGAAAUAAUGCAGAACAGGAGUCACUGAUGGAAAGAGAAACUGACAGAGAACAACUAGCAGAAGAAAUGGAGACUAUUAACAAUGAGGAGGCGAAACCUGUAGGUGAAAACACAGAGCAGCUGAUGGAAGGACAGGCAGUGAAAAAUCUGCAGACAGAAGAGGAAGAGCAGAAAAUAAAGUCUACAGGUGAGAAAACACAAGCUCAGGAAGAAACAAAUGGUGAACAGCUGAUGGCAGAAAGAGAGACACUGACUGAAAUGGACAAAGAGAAGGAACAACUUAUGAGAAAGGAACAGGAAUAUUUCAAAAGAAGAUGUUCUUGGAUUGAAGGGAAGAAGAAAUUGAAGGAGAAGCAGAUUAAGGAACUAAAUGUGCAGCUGGAAGAGGUAGAGAGACAGACAGAGGAGACUGAGAGGAAGCUGCGGUCACUGAACAGGGAGGAAGACAAGAAAGAAGAAGCAGAGAAAGAUGAAAGAUGAAGCUGUCAGACUUCUUUUAGACACCAAGAAUGAUCUGGAGAAGAAGAAGGCAGAACUUCAGAAACGGCUGCAAAAGUUGGAGGCACAUCUGGAGGGACUGAAUAAGAAGGAGAGCAUCAUGACGCAGAGGAAAACUAAAGAAGCAAACGAAAAGGAAGAAGUUAUUAAAACAUUAAAGGAGAUGGAGAAACCAAAGAAUGAAAAACUGCAAGACAAUUCAGCCAGUUCACUUAGAAAGAAGACAGAUGAACACACAAAUAUCAGACAAGAGACCCAAGAACAAGCAGAGAGACAACAGGAAGAAAAACUAUGAGAGGUCAGGAAGAAAUCAGACAACAGACCUCGACCCAGAGUCCAGAAACAGCGGAGAAUCGGAGCGAUCCUGUGGAUUCUUUGAAUGAUGAAGGGAAGUGUAUAAAAUUCAGCUGAAGAUGCAGGUAAAGUGAACUUGAGUUUUCAUCAGCUCUUCACAGCGUGGUUAUUGUCGGCUGAUAAAACUAUACUGACAUCAUGGAGUUUGACUGAAGCGCUGAUGUAAAAACGAGUCAAGCUGAUUGGACAAGUAGUCCAGUGAUCUGAUCUCAGGUCUGCAGAUGAAGUGUUUUUUGUUUUUUUUACUUGCCACCGGAGUUUUUAGUCACCAAAACAGGAAAGUUGGAUUUUGAUGUUCAUGUUGUCUUUGGAUUAUUCUGGAUUUGAUGUGAUCGUCUUUGAGUUUGCUUAAAGUCAUGUUAUGUGUUUUAGUAAAGGGAGGAACAUUAUGGAAGUGUGUGCUGACUGGCCUGAUGUAUGUGUCUGAAAAAGAUUGUAUUUGUAAAGUUUUAUAUUAUUUCUAUGAAUUGAAAGUUGGAUGUGUAUGUAUUUGGAGUAUUCUGGAUUUGAUGUGAUCGUCUUUGAGUUUUGUUGCUUAAACCAUCUUGCCUCUUGUUAACAUCUGUUACUGUCAUGUUAAUGUAUGUUUUAGUAAAGGGAGGAACA